UUUGGCUCAGAGGUGCAAGAGGAGGAGCAGGAGGAGGAGCAGGAGGAGGAGGAGGAGCAGGAGGAGGUUCAGCAUGAGAAAGAGGAGGAAGAGGAGGCAGAGGCAGAGGAGGAGACCACUCAGGAACAGGUGGGAGAAGAAGAGACAGAAGAUGGUGGAGAGGAGGCCAAGCCUAAAUUCCUGAAACCUUUUAUGUUGCCAAACCUGGUGCCCCCAAAGAUUCCAGAUGGAGAAAGAGUUGAUUUUGAUGAUAUCCAUCGGAAGCGCAUGGAGAAGGACCUGAAUGAGCUGCAGACACUGAUUGAAGCUCAUUUUGAAAACCGUAAGAAAGAGGAGGAGGAACUUAUCAGCCUUACAGACAGGAUUGAGAAACGACGUUCCGAGCGAGCUGAGCAACAAAGGAUCCGUAGCGAACGUGAGAAGGAACGACAGAAGCGUGUGGAGGAGGAAAGAGCUCGGAAAGAAGAUGAGGAAGCCAAAAAAAGGGCAGACGAUGAUGCUAAGAAGAAGAAAACACUCACCAGUUUGCACUUUGGCGGUUACAUGCAGAAGACAGAGAGACGGGGUGGAAAGAAGCAAACUGAGAGAGAGAAGAAAAAGAAGAUUCUGAGUGAUCGCCGCAAACCUCUGGACAUCGACAAUGCCAACGACUCAGGUCUCAGGGAAAAAGCCAAGGAACUGUUGAGCUGUGUGCGUCAACUAGAGGCCGAUAAGUUUGAGUUACAGUACCAGUAUACCAGACAGAAAUAUGAAAUCAAUGUCUUGAGAAACAGAGUCAGUGACCACCUGAAAACGUCAAAGAGAACCAAGAGAGGCCUAAGGAAGUGAAUGCUAGACUCCUUACAACCCAUUAAGAACUUGUGAAAUGAGAUGUUCAGGAAAACUGUGUGUACUAUACAGAUAUACAUUUGUGUUUAGUUGGGUGUUCUCACUGAUUAAAAACAGUUGGUUUGAUUUGGACUACAAGUGCACAUAAAGAAAGGAAUAAAUACAUAAAUGUGAAAAUGAA